UUUUAUUAUGUUCUACUUAUAGAUUGGCCAGUUUCAAACAAGAAAAUUGCAUUUGUAAAGAAAGAUGACAUAACAAAAUGCACUGAAAAAUCACUAACAGAGAUAUAUAAAAGAAGAAAAGGAAAGGUUUACGAUAUGACUGGCAACAAGAAAGGGAAACUGCUUAUUAUCUCAAAUGUUCAAUGUCACCAGAGGACAGAAACAAAAUCAACAGUUGAUUCUUAUUCCAAAGAGACAGAGAGUAUUGAGAAAUGUGGAAAAUUGGUGGACUUCGAUCAAACUUCUAUAUUACAACUAUUUAAGGAAAUUAAGUAUGAGUCAAAAGCAGCUACUGAUUUACAGAAAAAUGUUUCAGGGGAGAUUAUGCAAACUUUCCUUGCUGAUCAGUUAUGCAAGGGAGAUAAUUCAGUCUUUGAUAGCCUUGUUAUUGUAAUAUUCUCCGGUGGACUAAAAUAUAAACCAGGACACAUAUAUGACAAAGAUGGCAUCGAAGUAGAAAGAGAAGGGAUAAUUGAAAUGAUCAGGAAAUCUACAGCAUUCAAAGACAAACCAAAAAUAGUCAUCAUAAGAACAUAUAAUUUUGAAGGAGACACAGAGGCUAUUGAUGUUCUGGACGCUGAAAAACAUGAUAUCCCUCUGACAACAAAAGAGCCAAAUAAAGAUGAUUUAUUCGUGGUGUCAUCUCAACCAAGGACAAAAACGGGACCUUGGAUCAUUGGCGAUGGCAUUCAAGGAUCAUACUUCAUACAGGCUUUUAUUCAUAUUUUCAAGUAUAUGGCUCACGACAAAUCAUUUAUGGAAAUGAUGAAGGAGAUAGAUAAUUGUCUCACCAGUGCUUUGGUAACGGGUAAAGGAAAGCAACAUGUGGCAAACGUUAUAGUUCUGGAACAUAGUGAGGAGAAGGACUUAUUCUUUUUCCCAGGAUUAAACGGAAUAGUAACUGGAUGGCCCGACUUAAAAACUGGUGGACAAACAGUGCAGAAGAAAAAUAUAAAACAAUGUUCAGGGGAUUUGUAUAACGAGAUUACAAAAGAAACAACGACGUACUCAAUGACAGGUAAAAAGAGAGGGCAGUUCAUCUUGAUAUCUAACACACAGUACAAACCCCAAUCUAGUAGCACCGAGAACAAAGAGGAGGAAGACAAGGAAAAAAGACAUUCAGACUUUGAUAACACCAGCAUGAAUCAGCUAUUUAAGUACAUGGGAUAUGACACAGAUGGCACCCAGGUUAAUAAAACAAAUGAGGAAAUAAAAGAGUUUUUGAAAGAAAAGUUUAGUAAGAUAGACAAUGAUGCGUCUUCUAUGUAUGAUAGCCUUGUCAUACUGUUCUUGUCUGGGAAAUAUGAAUCGUCCACAUCAGAGAUUUAUGACAGAGAUGGGAAAAUUGUACCUUUGAAGGAAAUGUUAGAAAUAACCAAAAGCUGUAAACAUUUUAAAGGAAAACCAAAAGUUGUUUUCAUCCAAGCCUAUAGCGUUAAAGAAGCAGUGUGUGCCUUUGUGUCAUCAGAUUCUGCCGCUAAGGACAUCCUACAAAAUAGCAAUCCAAACACAGAUGACUUGUUUGUGGUGUCAAAUUAUCAAAGAACAGAGCAAGGUCCAUGGUUAAUUGGUGAACACAUGAGUGGAUCAUACUUCAUUCAGGCAAUUGUACACGUCUUCAAGAACUUUGCAUUCGAAAAAUCAUUUAUGGAAUUGUUGCAAGAGGCUAACAGCUGUUUGAUGAAAGCUGUGGUACCAGUCAUGACAACAGACGGUUGUAACAGUGGGGUAGUCGAGAAAAAAAUGGUUGCACAAAUUGUCUUGCUACAAUUUUGUGAGGAAAAAAAGCUUUAUUUUUUUCCGGGAUAUACAAAUGCUUCAUCAUCAGGAAUGCCAGUGCAUUCUCCCACAGAUUAGUGUCUCAUAGCAAAAAAAAAACCACAUCUGUGUAAAAUAAUUUUCCUUGACUACAUUGAACGUACCUCUUUCGUUGAUAAUCAUAUAGAACAAAUAACAUGUAUUGAUGUUUAUAUAUAAAUUAGAUAUAUCAUUUUGUAUGGAGUAGCGUCAAAGAUGACGGGAAUAUAAACACACAAAACAUGUGUUGAUAAAUUGUUAUAAAAGUAGAUGUAAGUCACAAUUUUCUAAAGAUACGACAUUCUUAAGUAUAGUACAAGACACGUUAUUAGUACUUGAAUUUCACAACAACGAGAACAAAUUGAUGAGUGAAAUUAAGGAAGUCAUUAUAUGACUGUUGUUAUCCAGUUGUUCAAGCUUUCAAUUUUCUAUUUGAUAAGAGAUUUUCCGUUUUUAAUUGUUAUCGGAGUUUGGUAUUUGUAUUGUUUUACUUUUUGAGAAAAGAGCUUUUAUAAAAUAGACAUUAUAAUAUAGAAUAACCAUUCUACUCUUUAUGAUAAUACAAUAAACGAAAACCUUAAUUUUAUAAUAUGAUUAUUAUAAUUUUCGUCGGCUUAUUAAGCUGAGCUUGUUUAACUGAUUUGAAAUUUUCGGAAAUGCAAAAUAUGUUUUCCAAUCAGAUCAAACCACAAAUAUUGUAUUAUUUGAAUGAACAGUUCAUCAAAUGUUUUUUUUUUUUUUUUAAAUUUGUUGAUACAUAUAUGUCGGCUGGAUCAUUGUGUUUAUAAAUAAAAGAUGACGGAAUAAAUUCAAAUGCAUCAGCUAAACUGAAAUGAUUUUUCAAAUUAUGUUUUCAAUUAUUGAUCUUUUGACAUCCAUAAAUCGUCAACAUAAAGCAAAAUAUCCUUAAUCAU